CACCGCCGCCGCCCAUCAAUCUCACCCACCCCACCACCCCACACCACCACAACCAAGCACCGACGACCAUGGCCAUAUCCGCAACGCUCUCGCUCCUCCCGCGCGCCGACGGCUCCGCAACGUUCAAAUGCGGCCUCACCAGCGCGAUCGCCUCGGUCUCAGGACCAAUGGAGGUGCGACCGCGCGACGAGCUACCAGACAAGACAUUUAUCGAGGUGAUAGUGCGGCCCGCGGUGGGUGUCGGCGGCACGCACGAACGCGCCCUCGAAUCGCUCCUCCUCUCCGCGCUGUCGCCGCUGAUAAUCCGCACGCACCAUCCACGCACCCUGCUGCAGAUCAAUGUGCAGAUUGUCGAGGCUGCGGAUCACACCGACGCUACUGCGCUGCUGCCCGUCGCUAUCAAUGCUGCCAGUCUGGCCCUUGUUGAUGCGGGCGUGCCGUUGAGGAGUUUGUUGGUUGCUACGACGGUGGGGUUGGAUGAACAAGGCGGGGUGAUGAGGGGAGAGGGGGAGGGGGGGAGGGCACAGGUGGGGAAGGAGGGGAGUAGGCAUGUACUUGGGUUUGCGAGGGGGGAGUGUGUAUUCGUUGAGAGUCUUGGCACGUUUGAUGAGCAAGGGUUUGCCAAUGCGCUGCUGUGGGGAAGGGAGGAGUGUGCUAUGGACGGCGGCGGUGCGGAGGGGAUGGGGGUGGACGGGAAGUGCAAGGCUGAGACGGUGGGCGCCGUGGUUCGUCGCGCCGUCGAGAGGAAGGUCGCUGCGGAUAUGAGGUGGAAGGAAUAGGAAGAGUUGAAGAGUUGAAGGGCUACUUUCUUGAUUUCUUUCGGGCGGGCGGGCGGGGGGAU